AUGCCUCUCCACCUCCUCGGCAAGAAGUCAUGGAACGUCUACAACCAAGAGAACAUUGCUCGCGUGCGCCGUGACGAAGCGCAGGCAAAGGCGCGAGAAGAAGAAGCCGAGCGGCGGAUGCAAGAGGAGGACGCAGAGAGACGGAUUCAGAUUCUGCGUGGUGAACAGCCUUCUCCUCUUCCUCCCCCUCCUUCUCCUGGGGAGACGUCCACACGGCAAGAAAGGAGGCGUGACAGGGAUGAUAUCGGACGGUCUAGGAAGCGGCGACGGUUGGCGGGGGAAGACGACACGGAUCGGGAUAUACGAUUUGCACGAGAGGAUGCCGCCGAAGCGAGUGCUAGGCGAGAGCAGAUGGUGUCGUCGUCGACGAUGACGACGACGACGACACGUGGGGAGAAGGAUCUGGACACUCCGCUGACGGACAGCACGGGACACAUCAAUUUGUUUGCGUCUGAGGCGGCGCAACAGCAGAAACAGAAACCGGUGGAGAAGAAUGCUGAGGCUGAGGCUGAAGCGGCCAGGAAGAAACGCCAGUACGAAGACCAGUACACGAUGCGGUUCUCGAAUGCGGCCGGGUUCAGAGAAUCGGUCGGUCAGAGCCCCUGGUAUUCGUCCUCUAGUCAUGGCGGACAGGCACCGCAGCCAAUGUCAGAAAAGGAUGUCUGGGGGAACGAAGAUCCCCUGCGGAAGGAAAGGGAGAGGGCUCGACUCGACUCGAACGAUCCGCUGGCGGCGAUGAAAAAAGGAGUGCGUCAGCUGCAGGCGGUCGAGAAAGCAAGAAAGCAAUGGAACGAGGACCGGCUGAUUGAGAUGAAAAGGCUCCAGACAGAUGCAUAUUCAGACCAGCAUCGCUCCAGCCGUCAACAUCGACGGCGAAGGGAGCGCUCACGGCCAAGAGAACCCGACUCGGACGGCAGUCUGGAAAACUUCAAGCUCGACGAAGCAUCCUCACUGGACAAGGAAAAAGACGAUGAUGAGAGACACCGGAGGAGCUCGAAACGCUCUUCGCAUCAUCGCCAUCGUCACCACCGACAUAGUAGUGACAGGCGGCACGAGCACUCGCGCUCUCGCUCGCAUCGCCAUAGUGGUGACGGCGGGCGAGAGAGUCACAGGGAUACACACAAGACGACAAAUAACAUAUUGUAA